UCUCACUGCCUUCCGCGAGCGCUAUAAAGGCAGCGGAACGGCGGUCCCGGGGGCAUUCCGGGAGGGCCACCAGCCGACACAGGUCAUGGAGGCGCCCGGCAGCAGGUUGGAGCCGCCACCGCUCCCGGAGUACAGCUGCAGCUACGUGGUGUCGCGGCCGGUCUACAGCGAGCUCGCCUUCCAGCAGCAGUACGAGCGGCGCCUGCAGGAGCGCAACACGCUGCGGGAAAGCCUGGCCAAGGGCUGCAGUUGUUCAAGAAAGAGAGGCCUUGGUGUGCUGAAGACGCUUCUGCCCGUCUUGGACUGGCUCCCCAAAUACCGAAUCAAGGAAUGGCUGCUUAGUGACAUCAUUUCGGGAGUUAGUACUGGGCUUGUGGGCACACUGCAAGGCAUGGCGUACGCUCUGCUAGCAGCAGUCCCUGUUGGAUAUGGUCUCUACUCUGCUUUUUUCCCUAUCCUGACCUAUUUUAUCUUUGGAACGUCAAGGCACAUCUCAGUUGGGCCGUUCCCAGUGGUCAGUUUAAUGGUGGGAUCUGUUGUGCUGAGCAUGGCCCCCGAUGAGCACUUCCGUGUAUCCAGCAGUAAUGGCACCACAUUCAAUACCACCGUGAUAGACUAUGUGGCCAGAGAUACAGCAAGAGUACUGAUUGCGAGCACCCUUACUCUUUUGGUUGGAAUCAUACAGUUGAUAUUUGGAGGUUUACAGAUUGGAUUCAUAGUGAGGUACUUGGCAGAUCCUUUGGUUGGCGGAUUCACAACAGCUGCUGCCUUCCAAGUGCUGGUCUCACAGCUGAAGAUCGUUCUCAACGUUUCCACCAAAAACUAUAAUGGAGUUCUCUCCAUUAUCUAUACUCUGAUUGAGAUUUUUCAAAAUGUUGGCAACACCAAUCUUGCUGAUUUCAUUGCUGGAUUACUCACCAUUAUCAUCUGUAUGGCGGUUAAGGAAGUGAAUGACCGAUUUAAGCACAAAAUUCCAGUCCCUAUUCCUAUAGAAGUAAUUGUGACAAUAAUUGCUACUGCCAUUUCAUAUGGAGCCGACCUGGAAAAAAAUUACAAUGCUGGCAUUGUUAAAUCCAUCCCAAGGGGGUUUUUGCCUCCCAUACUUCCACCUGUGAGUCUGUUUUCUGAGAUGCUGGCUGCCUCGUUUUCCAUCGCCGUGGUGGCUUAUGCUAUUGCAGUGUCUGUGGGCAAAGUUUAUGCCAUCAAGUACGAUUACACCAUCGAUGGGAACCAGGAAUUCAUUGCCUUUGGGAUCAGCAACAUCUUCUCGGGAUUCUUCUCUUGUUUUGUGGCCACCACUGCCCUGUCCCGCACGGCCGUCCAGGAGAGCACCGGGGGAAAGACCCAGAUCGCCGGCAUCAUCUCGGCUGGGAUCGUGAUGGUCGCCAUCGUCGCCCUGGGGAAGCUGCUGGAACCCUUGCAGAAGUCGGUCUUGGCCGCCGUUGUCAUCGCCAACCUGAAAGGGAUGUUCAUGCAAGUGUGUGACAUUCCUCGUCUGUGGAGACAGAAUAAGAUAGAUGCUGUUAUCUGGGUGUUUACGUGCAUAGCAUCCAUCAUUCUGGGGCUGGACCUCGGUUUACUAGCCGGCCUCAUGUUUGGACUGCUCACUGUGGUCCUCAGAGUGCAAUUUCCCUCAUGGAACGGCAUGGGAAGCGUUCCUAGCACAGACAUUUACAAAAGUACCAAGAGUUACAAAAAUAUUGAAGAACUUGAAGGAGUGAAGAUUCUUAGAUUUUCUAGUCCUAUUUUUUAUGGCAACAUUGAUGGUUUUAAAAAAUGUAUCAAGUCCACAGUUGGAUUUGAUGCCAUUAGAGUAUAUAAUAAGAGGCUGAAAGCACUGAGGAAAAUACAGAAACUCAUCAAAAAAGGACAAUUAAGAGCAACAAAGAAUGGCAUUAUAAGGGAUGCUGGUUCAUCAAAUAAUGCUUUUGAGCCUGAUGAAGAUAUUGAAGAUCCAGAAGACCUUGAUAUCCCAACCAAGGAAAUAGAGAUUCAAGUGGAUUGGAACUCUGAGCUUCCAGUCAAAGUGAAUGUUCCCAAAGUGCCAAUCCAUAGCCUCGUGCUUGACUGUGGAGCUAUGUCUUUCUUGGAUGUUGUUGGAGUGAGAUCCCUGCAAAUGAUUGUCAAAGAAUUUCACAGAAUUGAUGUAAAUGUAUACUUUGCAUCUCUUCAAGAUCAUGUGAUAGAAAAACUGGAGAAGUGUGGUUUCUUUAAUGAUAAUAUUAGAAAGGACAUAUUCUUUUUGACCGUCCAUGAUGCUGUCCUCCAUCUACAGAACCAGGUUAAAUCUCGAGAAGUCCAAGAUUCCAUUUUAGAAACGAUCACUCUCAUGCAAGACUGUAAAGAUCCUCUUGAAUUAAUGGAAGCAGAGCUGAUUGAAGAAGAACUUGAUGUCCAGGAUGAGGCUAUGCGUAGUCUUGCUUCCUGAAAGCAGGCUCGGGAGGUUGCUGUAAGCAAGGACUGCAAGGCAGAAUUCACCCACCGAUGUCGUUCUAUGCAAACAUUUUCUGCAUUGACUAUUUCUUUGGACUUGAAACACUCAAUUCUCAUUCCAUUUGAUUUUUAAAACGCUUUGAUUUUUUUUUUAACCUCUUAGCCAAUGAAAGAGAACCACUAAGAAUUUUUUGGAAAGGCUUUAUUUAUAAAAUGGAUAGCCUACCUCUAAAAUGUGCAAAAUGGUGAGGAGAAUUAUCCAAGUGAUUUAGCCAUGUCCAGAUCUGCUGAUGUGAUGCUGCUGUUCCCCCCGUCCACCCAACAGAUUUGCUAACAGUGUUCUCGUGGGUACUGGAGUACCUCUGUUAGUUGGGGUAAGUGUGCCCCAACAGCCUCCGUGGGUGGGUGAAUCAGGAAGGAUUAUCAUAAAGAGAAAUCAUUUCUCACUGAACUGGAUACCCAAGAGUGGCACUGGUCACAGUGUAGGGUCACAAUGAAUAACUGCAGAAAUUUAAUUAUUAACACAUUUAUCAAUGAAAGUCUUCAAAAAUCACUUUUAGUAAAUACGUAAGCAAAGUUUUUAAAAUGCAAACUUAGUACUUAAUAAUCAAUGUGAUUAUACAAGACCAGAUAUGUAAACAGAGCUCAAAAUUUUUAAAAAAAGGUUCACUUAAAAACUAUAGAGCCAGGCUGAUCUGUUUUAGAAACACUGAUCCAGAGAAGCAAAGCAAUAAGAUUAUUGUGGUUGGUAGAAGUCAUUUUUGGGUAUGAUAAUAGUCAAUGGAUCACAAUUAAGAUCAAAUAAAAUAUAUGACAGAUUGUCUCCAGCUUAAAAAUGCAGCUUUAAUUUAGUUUGUAGGAAUGAUCAUCAUGUACAGGUAUAAAGAGGUAUGGUCUAUUUAAAAUCUAAUGCAAAAAUGGUGUUAUUUUGAACAAAAAAUUUUUUGAUAUGUUUAUAAGACUGAGUUCAUAUUUUUGUCUAAAACUUAAGCAGCGUGUACAGUGAUCUCUAACAGAAUUCUGACUACCUACCCCCCCCAAAAUUUAAGAAGUGAACAUCUUAUAUAUAAGUCUAUGUUUAAAAUGAGUUUUGUUUUUUUUUUAAGACAGAACAUUCUAAAUGAACUUAAUAUCAAAAGAAAAAACGUUGGUUUGGAAUAUACACAUUGAAAAUACAUAGGUUUUUAAAAAUCCAUAUUUUAAACCAGAACAUUUUGUAUCUUUUAUUUUUACUUAAUCUUUUCUGAGUGCCAAUGGUUUUCUCGGUAUUAUAUAUAAUAUAUAGACUUUAGUCCUGAGGACUAUUUCCAUAUAUCACACUGCAGUGAAUGAAGUUGUACUUGAUUUCUAGGGAGAAAGAAAUACGCAGGUGCCCAACGAAGACACUGUUUUGCCUGGUUGAGAUUUGUAGUGUAGCUUUGGCACAGAUGUGUGACAUUCCCAAGUGUGUUCAGCUAUCCAAAAGCAGCAUGUCUUAUCUCUGUGUUUUCUAAAUACGAUCAGAAACAAGUUAUCUACUUCUGAAGGAUUAUUAUCAGUGGUCAUAUCAAACUGGUUCACUAAAAUAUCACUGUCAUUUCCCCUUACCCAAAUCAUUCUGCAUACCGGAAUUGGAGUGAGUUGCUGUGGAUUGCAAUGCAACAAUAUUCUUUCACUCAUGGGUUGUACUGUUCUUUGCUGAUUUAGAACAGAUAUCUCCCCUGUUGGGAACAGCCUAACCAGGAUUAUGAUAUUAUCCCACUUCCACAUCAAUACCUGCCUGUAAUAGCGACACAUCUUCUAAGAGUGAAUAGAACAGUCUUGCAGAAAAUGGAUGAAUACCUCUGUUUAAUAGAGGAAAUGUGCACUGCCCUUUUUUUUUUUUUAAUUAGUUGAAGGAAAUACCAAAGUUCCAUUUUACAAUAAGGCUAGAGUCUUGUAAAAUCUUGGGUCCACUUGUGACUAUUACAAGAACACAGUCUGACUUGUUUCCCAAGCACACUCUAGGAAUACUGCCUUUUCUGUGCAUUUUGUGAAUAGUAACCAUACUUUUAAAUCUGUAUUGUCAAUGGAAAUUUUACUUGAAAUUAAAGUUGUGUUCUGUUAUAUUUUUAACCUAUAGAAUAAGAUUCCAGUGUUGUAUAUGAAUUUCAAUAACAAAUGAAAAAAAUCAAACAUGUACAUUUGGAAAUAUUUGCACAUAUUUUUUAUUAAAUGUAAAGUAGCCUUUCAGACUACUCUGAUGUGUCCUUUCUGAACAAGACUAUUAAAUAUAAUAAAAAAGCUACAUUUUCAGUUU